UCACCACCGCGUCCAUCAUGGCCACAUUCAUCGGCAUUUCCUGACAUUUUAGCGAAAUCUAAAGACUCAAAACUAGAGUGGUACCUUUUCCUUUUGCUCAUUUCCUCUUCUGAUUAUCACUAUAUGAACUUCAAACUGGUUAUUUCUUCGCAGUACUUAUUGAUUAGAUACUCCUCAGUGUAGCGUGGGACAUGGGAUAGCGGCUGCCAUCUUGGAAUGCAGGACCGGAAAUGCAGAAAAUAAAUAACUCGAAUACUGAUUGAGUUUGACAAAUCAAGAUAGCUUAUAACAUUAAAAUAAUGUCCCUCAUAGAUAUUUGUAUUUUCUAUAACAAUACUAGACACUUUAUACACUGUUAUUGUAAAUAAGCACCAAUCAGGACUAAGAACCGCUGCUGGCUAUAUCCGGUUAUAACUGGUUUGACCACCACGUGUGUCAAUAGCUCAGGAAGGUAAAAGCGCGCAUUACAAAUAUUCUAAAGAAUCUUUUGAAAAGUGUGAUAAUACAGUGCCCAGUGGGAAAUCAAGUGGAUCCGAGAGAAUGGCAUCGUCUACCACAACAUGGUUACUCUUACAAUGGAUUGAAGAUCCACCACAAUGGGAUGUAAUAGAAGUGGGAAAGUGUGGUGCCGAGUUAAAGUUAAUGGCCCUUGGAAAGAAGCUUCAGUCAGCAGUCGGGAACAUCUAUGAUGUGCCUUGGAAUGGAGAGACAGCGCCAGCUAAAGUCUUGGAUUUUGGUAAAGAUAAGGCUAUGGAAGCCAAGCGUACCGAACAAGUUAAGAAUUACGAGGCUGCCAUGGAAGUUGGUAGGAAGAAUGGAAAAAGUUUGCGGUGUGCAAAUAAAAGGAUGGCUGAUGAAUUGUCAGAAAGUGAAAGCACUUCUUCAGAUGCCAAUGAGAAGAGAAAAGUCAAGAGAAAGAAGGUUAGUGAUGAAGAAAUCCUAAUUUCAACAUCAGCAAUAGAAGACACUGACAGUUCUGAAGAAAACGGUUGCCAAGGCUGCAAAAAAUUGCCAAAGCUUAAAGAAAAAUACAAGUUGGCAAAAGAAAAAAUAAACAGAUUAGAAGCUGAGAUUGAGCACUACAAGCAAGUUACAGAUGCAAGAUCUCUAGUAGACAACCUUAAAAUGCUCAUUAGGGAAAGUAAAACAAAAGAGGUUGGCCAAGCAGAGUCACAGAACCCAAAUAUAGGACUUAGGCCGAUAACUGCACCGGUAACUCCUACCUCUGCAAUUGAAAAAGAAGGAACGAAGCAAUUAGAUGUAAAUGAUGGCCUACCAGCCACCCCUGGCAGAGUCAAAGAAACCACAAAGGUUGACAUUGGACGAGGUGUGCUGGUUGAGAAAACUAGCCUGAUGGCUUUGUCAUCAGUGAAGUCGGGUUCAACAUAUGCCAGAAGACUAUUAAAGACCAUUUUUACCGAUGCAGAGCUUGUUGGGAAAAGUCUGACAGGCAGAAAAUCAAAUGCCUUUAAAGACCAGGAUCAGAAGCCUGCCCUUGACCCAACUAAAGUGGAAGUGGUUGACCCACUUGUUGAUCUUGCAUGCCGUAAAUUUGGAUGCCCUCCAGCAACUAUAAAGAUGUCUCUUGCCAACAAGCUAAAGGAAAUAACAAAAAAGGCAGCAAACUAG